AAAGGAAGACAGAAUAGGAAGAUAAGGAGAUAGCAAGAUUGUGAUUGAAACUUACCUCUGAAAGCAUUAGUUGUACAUCACAUCUGUACCAAGAUUUAAACAUAUUAGAAGGAUGGAGAAACUGAAAGAUGUUUAAAUAUGCAAAAUCUUCUCUGGUGCUUUGGAACUUACUUAUCUCCUGAUUGUUUUUAAAGCACGUGGCUUGGAAAGUCUACAAAAGCAAGAUGCCAGGAGACUGGAAACCCAUAGCACGUGAAUAUGACCCCCUGGCUGCUGGAAGCAUUGAUGGCACAGAUACAGAACCACAUGACAGGGCAGUUUGGCGGGCCAUGCAUGCCCACCACACCCCACCAGAGCUCCCUUCCAACCCAGAUCGCACACUCUUUGUGGGCAGAUUACCUCAAAAUCUGAAAGAGGACCAGCUGAGAGACAGGUUCUCAAGGUUUGGUGUUGUAGAGAGUGUCCAUCUGGUUACUGAUAUUAUCACUGGCCAGAGCAAAGGAUAUGGCUUUGUGGAGUUCCGGCGAGGACGAGAUGCAGCCGAGGCGCAGAGGGAGUGCCGUGGCCUCGAGAUAGAGGGGCGUCAGGUGAUUGUCGACUGGGAAGCCGGACGCAAGAUGAAAGGCUGGAUUCCAAGAAGGCUGGGAGGGGGCUGGGGAGGACGCAAGGAAGCAGGACAACUGAGAUUUGGCUGUGUGGACAGACCAUGGAAGAAACCCAUUGUAAUCAACCCGCAGCAGAAGCCCGCAGACACAAAAGGAGGAUAUACUGCAAGAGGGAACAGGGCUGCAGAGAGAUACACAAGAAGCAGAGACAGCCCCAGGGAGACUAGGGGUAGAAGGACCAGCGUCCCAUUUCGAAGACAAGAAGAAUCAGGCAGAAGAGCAAAGCCGUUUUACCAGAGGAGGGAUGAGAGUGAGAGUAGAGGUACAAGUGAUUCCAGAAGAUCGCAGAAUAAUGCAGAUUAUCGUGAUUGAAAUCCUAGUAAAGAAAUGCAUUUAUUUCUUGAAAGGUAAUUACAGAAAAUGAUAUUGUUGUAAUCAUCCAGGGCAUGCAUAUUCUCUGAAAAGGAUUUGUGUAAAUGAUAUUGAAGUUUGAUAAUAUAAACUGUUUGAUAUUUAUUUAUUUUCAGCGAAGUUGGCUAAAUAUUUGUUAUAUGUCAGUGUCCUAGGUAUGAACUGAAUAGCUUUAAUGGUAAUGUUAAAAAAAAGAACACUUAAAUGACAGUGUUGAUUUUUUAGAUUUUUUUUGUAAUGUUCAGAUAUUUUUCUAUAAUAUAGUAUGUAAGUAUGCUUUUUUCAGCAUUUCAUUAUGACUACAAUGUUAACUACUGAUAAACUUGAUAUGAUAUUAUAGUUCAAAUUGCAUUUUAUUUUGAAAGAAUUUAUGUA